AUGGCACACCAUCUGCACUGCUUGUGUCUCCUCACACUUUAUUGGACAAUGGGACAUGGCCUGGAGGGGAAGUUCAGCGGCCCCCUGAAGCCCAUGACCUUCUCCAUUUUCGAAGGCCAAGCACCGAGCCAGAUCAUAUUCCAGUUUAAGGCCAGUCCUCCUGCUAUGACUUUCAAACUCACCGGGGAGACAGAUGGAAUAUUUGAGAUACAACCCGAUGGGCUUCUGUACCACAACAGAGCUCUGGACAGGGAGGCGAGGGCUGUUCACAAGCUCCAGGUCUCAGCCUUGGAUGCUCACGGAAAUACAGUGGAGGGUCCGGUCCCCAUCAUAGUCGAAGUGAAGGACAUCAACGACAACCGACCCACGUUUCUCCAGUCCAAUUACAAAGGCUCGGUGCGGCAGAAUUCUCGCCCAGGAAAGCCUUUCAUGUAUGUCAAUGCUACGGACCUGGAUGACCCAAACACUCCCAACGGCCAGCUAUUUUACCAGAUCGUCAUGCAGCUUCCUAAGGUCAACGAGGUCAUGUUCUUUCAGAUAAACAACAAAACGGGGGAAAUAUCACUCACCCCUGCAGGAUCUAAGGAAUUGGACCCCAGUAAGAACGCUUUCUAUAACCUGGUGGUCUCAGUGAAGGACAUGGGAGGCCAGACUGAGAAUUCCUUCAGUGACAGCACAUCCGUGGACAUCACAGUGAAGGAGAACAUUUGGAAAAAACCCCAACCUGUGGAGAUUGUAGAAAACUCAACUGAUCCUCACCCCAUCAAAAUCACUCAGGUGCGGUGGAAUGAGCCAGGGGCUCACUAUUCCUUAGUCCCAAAGGAGAAGCUGCCGAUAUUCCCAUUUUCAAUUGACCAGGAGGGAGAUAUUUAUGUGACUCAGCCCCUGGACAGAGAAGAAAAGGAUUCAUACGUUUUCUUCGCGGUUGCCAAGGAUGAACUUGGAAAACCACUUGCAUUGCCACUGGACAUUCAUGUGAAAGUGAAAGACAUUAAUGACAACCCACCUACGUGUCCACCUACAAUGCCGGUAUUUGAGGUCCAGGAGAAUGAAAAUUUAGGGAACAGUAUUGGCACGCUGGCCGCCCACGACAUGGAUGAAGAGAACACUGUCAACAGUGUUCUCCAUUACAAAAUUGUGGAUCAGACCCCCAUGUUUCCCAAAGAUGGGCUCUUCCUCGUCCAGUCCUACUCGGGGGUGUUCCAGUUGGCCAUCCAGUCCUUGAAGAAGCAAGACGCACCUCAGUACCUCUUGACCGUGGAGGUGUCGGACAAAGACUUCCAGACCCACUGUCAAGUGCAAAUCAACGUGAUUGACAUCAACGAUCAGAUCCCCAUUUUUGAAAAAUCAGAUUACGGAAACCUGUCUCUCGCCGAAGACACAGCCGUUGGGUCCACCAUCUUGACCAUCCAGGCCAAGGAUGCGGAUGAGCCGUUCACGGGGAGCUCUAAAAUCCUGUAUCGGAUUACCCAGGGAGAUGACGAGGGGCGGCUGGGGAUUGACACCGACCCCCAAAACAACGCUGGAUACGUCAUAAUUAAAAAGCCUCUUGACUUUGAAACAACAGCCAUUCAUAACAUCGUGAUCCAAGCGGAAAACUCUGAGCCUCUGGUGCCCGGUGUGCAGUACAAUGCCAGUUCCUUCGCCACCUUCACCCUUAUUGUGACCGAUGUGAACGAAGCACCUCAGUUUCCCCAGCACAUAUUCCAGGCAAAAGCCAGCGAAGAUGUGGCCGUAGGCACCAAAGUGGGCAACGUGACUGCCAAGGAUCCGGAAGGUCUGGACAUAAGUUAUUCCCUGAGAGGCAACACGAGGGGCUGGCUCAGGAUUGACCCUGCCACUGGCGAUAUCUUCAGUGCGGCCCCGCUGGACAGGGAGGCUGAGAGUGUGUAUCGCGUACAAGUGGUGGCAACUGAAGUAGGCGGGUCCUCCCUGAGCACCACGGCGGGCUUCCACCUGGCCCUGACGGACGUGAACGACAACCCCCCGCGGCUGGCCAAGGAGUACACGGGCCUGUUCUCCUGCUACCCGCUCAGCGCGCCCGGGAGCUACAUCAUCGAGGCCACGGACGACGAUCUGCAGCCGUUCCGGGGCCCACAGUUCACAUUUGCCCUUGGCAGCCAGAGCUUACAGAACGACUGGGAGAUUUCCAAGGUCAACGGAACUCAUGCCAGACUCUCCACCAAGCACACCCGCUUCGAGGAGAGAGUUUACAACGUCCCAAUCCGCAUCCAUGAUGGGGGUCAGCCACCCUUGGAGAGGGCCGUCUCUUUACCAGUCACUUUCUGCACGUGUGCAGAAGGGAGGUGUUUCCAGCCGGUAGGCCAUCUGCCUGGGAUACCUACCGUGGGCUCGACGGUUGCCAUCCUCCUGACCACAUUAUUGGUCAUUGGUAUAAUUUUAACAGUUGUGUUUAUUCGAAUGAAGAAGAAUAAAGGCAAAGAUAAUGUUGAAAGUGCUCAGGCUUCUGAAGUCAAACCUCUGAGAAACUGA